AUGUCAGCGCUUCUCUGUCAUUACACACUACCCGUUAUAUAGCUUCCAGUGCGAUAGAUGUAGGUAUGCAUACUGACAGACUGUCGACUAGCUAUGGAUAAACAAGUAUUGACGAACAUUUCAGUUUCUGCACUGAACCAUUCAUUUUUAUGAGAAUUUAUUGUAAAUAAAUUGAGUCCUCCGCGUAAGAAAACGAUGACAUCGCGUAGUUUUUAGGUACAAAAAAGCAAUUAUAAUGUUAAGCAACGAUUGUGGAUUGAGAACGCUAAUUUAAUCGAGUCCGUAUGUGUAGUGAAUGCCGAGAUAAAACUCCCUUUAAAUGGUGCAUCAUGGAUGAUGACCUUCAACCGCUGAGGAGCGACGAAUGCCUUGAGCAGAACAACAAUAACGUUAUAGCCAACGACAACAGCGAGGGAGCAGUUGGCGGAUCUGUGGAAAACGUUGAUCCGCAACCAGAAUCCGAGCACGAUGAAAUUGUAUGGAGCGAGGAAGAGUUCGACCGUGAUCCACAUAGGGCGUACUUUUAUGAUGCAUACCGUUCGGAGGCAGGAUCCCCGGAAUUGGACGAUUCGACGGAGAACGCGGGAGCGACGACCCCGGAACGAAAACCGCUGGCCCUGAUGGACGACUGGGAUCUCUGGGACUACAUGGACGAGGAGACGUUGAAACAGCGACUGAAAUAUCACCCCGAACUGUUGGAACAAAUCACACGGAAGAGAAAGCGGAAAGCCGGACUUGAGGAAAGCGACGAUGACGAUCUCUGUGCAGUGAUGGAGAGGCAUGCUAAAGUGACGAAGUUUAACGAACAUACAAAAGUGUACUGAACGUGGAAUGGUUUAGUUUUGAUGUUCAUGGGUUAUGUUUUACAAACUAUCUAUAGCGAAGUCCAAUUUAGCAUGUGUAAUAUUGAUAGUAAUCUUUCAAUUUUAGCUGUGUACUAUAAUCUAUUAUUGUAAAUAUAUUUUUUUAUCGAUUGCUUCAAAUUCUUUCAGCAUUUAUUACCGGUGUAGUAUAUUUGUCUAAUCCAUGGUGCAAAUUUAAAAUUUAUAUCAACCUCUUUGCCACCGAUGCAAAUAAUUCAAAAAAAUGAGGUUUUGUCAGGCUAAAUUCUGGCCCAGUGUGCAUUGUCUAGUCUGGUGCAUUUUAGUGUCAAGUGUUAAUUUGCAGUCUGUGAAUAUUAAAUAGCUAAAGACGGUGUUUGUGUUUUAAAAAAAUAUAUCUUAGAUCAGUGGUGCUCAAGCUGGAGCACGUUGCGGGCCAAAUCGUGAUUUUUCAUCAGCGCAGCGGGCCGCAUUGGGAUAUUUGAAUCUGAGAGGUGCGGUCUCCAACAUUUUGGUCAUUUAAUUUGAACACAAUUUUUUCUACCAGUGCUAACCGUUGUUUAUUUGCUCGUCUCGCAGGAAACCAUUUUCAAAAUGCACACUUAAAAUACUACACACAAAGCUUUUGCAAUUUGAUGCAGGCAAUAAGCUCAAUAAAUCAGCUAAAUUAGAUAGUUUCUGACCGUAUGUUAG